CUCUUAAUAGGGACGUUUUCGUACUUUUCUUUCUUCUUCAAGGUUUACUUUAAGGCAAAUGAUUGACGCUGUUUUCUCGCUCUUUUCCACCCCCUUAUGUUUUUUUUGUUUUUGGCUCCGACACAAUCAAACACGUCUGAAAACACAUCUGGCUGUUCUGGUGGAUUAUUUGGUGGAGCAGCUGAUCCCAGAACUGAGUCUCUUACUUAAGUUAUUGGACCAUGAGUACCUGAGUGCCACGACCCGAGAGAAGACGGUGACAGUGAGCAGCAUGUUGCAGAGACUUCAGCCACCAUCCGUUUCUGAAACUAAUUAUAUGUAUAUGAACACGUCAGAUUGUCGGAAUGGGACAAGCUUUGUAGAAUCCUUAUUCGAGGAUUUUGAUUGUGAACUAUGUGACCUUAAAGACAUGCAGGAGGAACAUAAGGAUGGAAACCAGAUUCAGAUGCCUUCCCAGGAAGCUCCCCAUUCCAAAUCAGGAAUGUCUGAUACACCACCUCCUCUACCCACAACACCACCACCUGAAGAUUAUUAUGAAGAAGCUGUACCAUUAAGCCCAGGAAAGGUUCCUGAGUACUUCACCUCUCGCAACAGUUCCAGUCCACCAAACUCUAUUGAAGAUGGCUACUAUGAAGAUGCUGACAACAAUUACCCACUUACCAGGAUAAUUGGAGAACAUAAGCAUUCAUACAAUGACUCGGAUGUAAUGAGCAGUGCAUAUGAAUCUUAUGAUGAAGAGGAUGAAGAUGGGAAAGGUCAACGGCUGACCCAUCAGUGGCCAUCAGAGGAAGCCUCCAUGGACUUGGUGAAAGAUUGCAAAAUCUGUGCCUUUCUGCUGAGGAAGAAGCGCUUUGGGCAGUGGGCCAAACAGCUCUGUGUCAUUAAGGAAAACAGACUUCUGUGUUACAAGAGCUCCAAAGACCAUCAGCCUCAUAUGGAGUUACCACUCAAUGUGUGCAAUGUUAUUUAUGUGCCUAAAGAUGGUCGACGCAAAAAACAUGAACUAAGGUUCUCUCAACCAGGAACAGAGGCAUUGGUAUUAGCUGUACAAAGCAAAGAGCAAGCAGAGGAAUGGUUAAAGAUCAUUAGGGAAAUAUGCAGUCAGUGCAGUGGAACUGAGGGAUCAACAUCACCACUUCUACCAAAAUUAGAAUUGGAAAAGAGAUUAUCAAAUGAAAAACAGACUUCAGACGCUGAGAGUGUAGUGAUAGGGGAGAACGGAUCUCCACUUAAUGGCAGAGAAAGUAGAGAACAUGUGAAAGGGAAGAGAAGUGGUUUAGCCGAACUGAAAGGCACAGUUAGCAAGGCUGCAGGGAGGAAGAUUACACGCAUCAUAAGUUUGGCUAAGAAGAAGCAAACUUCUGAAGAACAGACUUCUUCAACAGAAGAGGACAUUCCAUGCUGUGGUUACUUGAACGUAAUGGUUAACAACUACUGGAGAGAGCGUUGGUGUCGACUAGUGGGCAAUACACUGUACUUCCACAAAGACAGGACAGAUCUAAGGACACACAUUAACUCCAUUCUGCUGCAGGGGUGUGAGGUGAUACCAGGCUUUGGACCAAAACAUCCCUUUGCUUUUCGGAUUCUUCGAAAGGGACAUGACAUUUGUGUGUUGGAGACAAGCUCUUCUGAGGAGAUGGGGAGGUGGCUAGGACUUCUACUUGCUGAGACAGGCUCCAACACAAAACCAGAGGCUUUGCAUUAUGAUUAUGUGGAUGUGGAAACAAUAGCAAACAUAAUGGAUGCUGUUAGACAUUCCUUCUGGUGGGCAUCCUCCUCAAAUAACUCAGCACUUUAUCUAUAUGAUUCCAGAACAUAUGAUGAUGUACCGUAUGAGAAAGUCCAGAUUGAAGAACAGAAGCGACCUGUCACCUCUCAAGUAAAGCGCCAAGCUUCCAUGUCAAAUGAUGCCUCACAGAGAACUAAUUCUCAAAAUAAAAUUAAACGCCAUGGCUCAAAUGCGACUCAGUCCAAAUAUGGGAAGACACGAGCAGAAGAAGAUGCAAAGAAAUGGCUGACCGAACAGGAGGCACUUGAAAAUCAGAAAGAUUCAAUUCGUAGAGAACUGAUACAGCUCCGCAAAGAGAAGAAAGAGUUCCGUGAAGCCCUGAAAGCACUUAAAGGUGAAGACGAUACAGUGCUAUCACCAAUGUCACUGGAAAGAAAAAAAGGUAAAAAGUCUCAAAUUGCUCUCGAGGAGAAACUCAGAUUAUUGGAAGAAAAAUGUAAAGAUAAAGAGGUUGAACGGGUGGAUGUGGAACUCAAAUUAACACAAGUAAAAGAGAAUCUGAAGAAAGCCGUUGCAAGGGGAGCAGAAAUUAAUUCAUCCAUUGACUCCAAAUCAGACACUCCUGGUCUACAGGGUGAGAAUAGUUAUACAGAACACCAUUUUCUCCCUGUGAAUUGUGCUUCAGAAAUGAAAAGGAGAGCUCCCACCAUGAUACCUUCCAGUAAAGGGUGUGUCUUACGGAAGGCCAAGGAAUGGGAGAAAAAGACAGGAACAUGAAAUGGAUUGAAGAAGGUGGAUGCAAAGUAUUAUUUAUUAAAAUGGAAAAAAAAGUAAUAAAUUUGAAGUGUCAAAAAGUUUUCAGAAUGUUGCAAAUGCAAGAUCUUCCUACUCCUUCAGAAACAGCAAAUAGGAGCAUGUUCAGAAAAUGAAAUGCGAUAGGAUGUGGAGUCAUAAGGGAUUGUCAUAGUUGUAUUGCUAUUGUAUUUCAAUACGAAAAUCUUUCUUCAGAUUGUGUUUCAGAAUUUCUCCCAUAUAUCACAGAAUUCAUUCCUUUAUCUUGUAGUGACUAUUCUAAUUAAGACUGGAAUGAAAAUCCAAUAUGUUCAAACAUUAAUCAAAGACAAAUUCUUAUUUAUAAAAUUGUACAUUUGCUAUAGUAAGUGCGUGCCUUCAGGAAGAAAUCAAUAAAUGAUCAUAACGAUUUAUCCUGAUAAGUAUGGAUGAUGAUAGUUGGACUAGCCUUUAAUAUUGUUAGGUUAAUCAUUAAACAAGAUUUUAACAAAAAAAAAUCAUUGACUCUUUUUGUAUAAACUGUGAACGAUGAGCACUUUGGGAUGGAACCUAGACUGCUCAGUUAAUGGGGAAAAAAAACAAAAAUAUUUUGAAGUGUCUGAAAUUAAUUUGGGACAUCAAUGCACAAUUCACUCCCAAGCAUAACUACAUCAUGGUGAUAUUUCACUCUAACCUCCCUUUCCUGCCUCAGAAUCUUUAUGCUCUGAUCUAUUAAUGGCAUUAACAUCUGGAACCUAAACGCCUUGCUCAACAGCUAUGCAAAAUUAGUGUUCAGGUUAUCCGUCCCACAAUGUUAGAAGAUAAAGAGAAACAGAUAUAAGAAAUUUAAGUAUGUAGGUAUAAUAUUAUCAAGCUCUAAGUCCAAACAAAGCUAAUAACACCACAUUUACCCCAUCGUACAUAAUGUAUGGUUCUGAUGUCAGAUUUUCUUAGACUUCUUCCUUCCAAUGAAUAAAAGGAGUUAGUUGCUCAAUUCAGUGUCCAUAUUUCAAUUAGAUCAAUGGAUUAAGACCAAUCAUAGCCUGAUCACUAUAACUAUAGGUAAUCCACAAGUACUUUGUUAAUACCAUGACACAGAGGUAAUGAAUAAUAAUGCUUCAUAAGAUUAUGAAUAAUUUGAAUUAUAAAAAGUAAUGUGACACUUGCAGACAUGGUGUGGCUAUGAUUACUGUAAAAUUACAAUAUAUAUAUAUUUUGAGAAAGCAAAAUAACAAUACCAAACCACCUAAAGAGAUUAGAUGGCAUGGUAGAAGCCUUUAGUUAAAAUAGUAUCUUUUUAAAAAUGAAGUAAAAAGAGAAUUCCAGAGCUUUAGGUCCUGGGAAACUGGAAUUGCAAGCAGGACUGGUGGAAUAAUACUCAAGAAACCAGGUUAGACGAGUCAAAUCUCAGGAUUGCGCAGCCAAGAGAAGGUUAUAAACAGAGAGACAGACAGACAGGGAGACAUUGAUACUACCAUAUUGCUGCUAUUUGGCAAAAAGGCUAAACUAAAUGGGGUUCUAAUAUCACCAGAAAAAAGCCAGAAGAAAUAUUCAUUUUGAACCUUAAAAAUGUUAAAUGUGAAAAGAGCUUUGAACAAAUUGUAGCUAUUCAUUCAGUACCUUUGAGAAACUGCAGGAUUCAAAAAUUGUGUUAAUCUUACAAUCUUCAAAAUGUAACAUUUCUGAUACUUUCAUGCUAUUACCAUAAAAAUAUUACUGGUCAAAAAUAUUCUGAAACUCCUGUUUUGUUUAAAGCAUUUUCUGAACUAAUUUCUCAUUUUUAAUACUUGGACCAGAGCAACAAAUGUUUCCUAAAAAAUGCAUAUCUUAAAACAGGUUGUAAAUAAAUGGAAUCAAUUUGCAGUGUGUUUGUAUGUUUCAAAUGAGAAUUACCAUGUUUUCCUAAACAACUGUCCACUUGCCUUAUUUACAGGAUGUUACUGGUGUCUGCUUGUUCAUUCCAUUUUAUAGUGAAUUCUUCUGUGUACCUGGAUAAAAGUAGGAACCAAAGCUGUUGACGUUUUUUUACUCUGAUAUUUCUUGCCAGCUGACUGAUUUGAUAUUCAGUCAUGUACAAUUUGAUUGUCAGUUUUCAAACUUGCAAUAAAUAUGGAUUAAUUUGUAA